GCGAUUGCGCACUCAUAAUCACCAUUUACUUGACUCGGAUGAACAAACCCAAUUAGUUAUCCAACAAGUUUCUCCUAAUCGAUCCCUCCGGUUAAAUCUUCGUCAAUUUUCCGGCGAGAUCUCAACCAUCCGUCGGAAAAAUACUCGAAGAUCCGAUCCUUUUUGCAUUAAAUCUAUCCGAACUUGAUUGAUGGCUCCGGUUUCGGCUCUCGCCAAGUACAAAUUGGUGUUUUUGGGAGAUCAAUCAGUCGGCAAAACGAGCAUCAUUACUCGAUUCAUGUACGAUAAAUUUGACAACACUUAUCAGGCUACUAUUGGAAUUGAUUUCCUUUCCAAGACUAUGUAUCUUGAAGAUCGGACUGUACGAUUGCAGUUAUGGGAUACUGCAGGGCAAGAGAGAUUUAGGAGUCUCAUCCCAAGCUAUAUAAGAGACUCCUCUGUUGCUGUCAUAGUUUAUGAUGUUGCGAGCAGACAGUCCUUUCUGAAUACAGCAAAAUGGAUUGAUGAGGUUCGAACUGAGAGAGGAAGUGAUGUUAUUAUUGUGCUAGUUGGGAACAAAACUGAUCUGGUGGAGAAGAGGCAAGUUUCGAUAGAAGAAGCUGAGUCCAAAUCUCGUGACCUUAAUGUGAUGUUUAUUGAAACUAGUGCUAAGGCUGGCUUCAAUAUUAAGCCAUUAUUCAGGAAGAUUGCUGCAGCAUUGCCUGGUAUGGAAACUCUAUCAUCAGCUAAACAAGAGGAUAUGGUUGAUGUGAACCUCAGGUCUGGCAACAAUAAUGGAUCUCAAUCACAAGAGCAAUCAGGAGGGUGUGCUUGCUGAUAGCCGAACAUUCCUAAUUUCGUGCAAACAUAUUUUGAUUGUAAAGUUGUUGGUUGGCUUUGAUAGUAUUGAAUUUUGGUCGUGAUUAAUAGUGAGAACUCUCUCAGUCGUCCCCCUCCUGUAUUUGUUAAUUUUUGCAUUUAUUCUCUAUAUCCUAUUUUCUUCAUGUUAUCAA